UUCUGCAUUGGCAGCAUCUCUUCUCUUUUCUCUCCUCCUCGCUGUUUCGCACGCACGCACCGCACCACGCCGCCGUUUAUCAACGACUCCUUUUUACCGCAAAGGUUUCGUUUCCUUUUUCCUCCCUCUCGUCGCGGCCGCACCCCGAAGCGGAAGGAAGGAACUCCGAGAGCGCCAUCCAUCCAUCAGCACCACCGCGCGCGGGGGGCGUAGUGGCGGCGGCGGCGGCGGGAGUCGCCGGGGAGAUGUGAGAGGGAGAACGACGUGGGGGCCGGAGCGGAGAUGGCUGCGGCGGUCGUCGUCGCCGGGGAGGCGGCGGCUGCGGCGGCGGCGGCGGGGGCGGGAGGGAAGAAGCGCGGGGCGUCGAGGAGCUGGAUCCUGUUCGACGCGGCGGGGGAGGAGCGGGUGCUGGACGCCGACAAGUACGCCAUCAUGCACCGCGUCGACAUCAACGCGCGCGACCUGCGCAUCCUCGACCCGCUGCUCUCCUACCCAUCCACCAUCCUCGGCCGCGAGCGCGCCAUCGUCCUCAAUCUCGAGCAUAUCAAGGCGAUCAUUACUGCUGAAGAGGUUUUGCUCCGGGAUCCAUUAGAUGAUAAUGUGAUUCCUGUAGUAGAGGAGCUCCGGAGACGACUUGCACCUUCAAGUGCCACUCAACAUGAUGUGGAAGGUGCUGAAGAAGAUGAAUCUCCCUUUGAAUUCCGCGCACUGGAGGUUACUUUGGAAGCCAUUUGCAGUUUUCUUGGUGCACGCACUACUGAGUUGGAGAGUGCUGCUUACCCAGCUUUGGAUGAACUGACAUCCAAGAUUAGCAGCCGCAACUUGGAUAGGGUGCGGAAGUUAAAAAGUGGUAUGACACGAUUGAAUGCGAGGGUUCAGAAGGUGAGAGAUGAACUUGAACAAUUAUUGGACGAUGACGAUGACAUGGCUGAUCUUUACUUGUCCAGAAAGUUGGCUGGGGCAGCUUCCCCUGUCAGUGGCUCUGGUGGACCAAAUUGGUUCCCAGCAUCCCCGACUAUUGGUUCAAAAAUAUCAAGAGCAAGCAGAGCCAGUGCCCCAACUAUACAUGGAAAUGAAAAUGAUGUUGAAGAGCUAGAGAUGUUGUUGGAGGCAUACUUCAUGCAAAUUGAUGGCACAUUAAACAAAUUGACAACGCUGAGAGAGUACAUUGAUGACACAGAAGAUUACAUUAAUAUCCAGCUUGACAACCACCGUAAUCAGUUAAUUCAGCUAGAGCUAUUCUUGAGUUCUGGGACCGUAUGCCUGUCGCUUUACUCAUUGGUUGCCGGAAUUUUUGGUAUGAACAUUCCAUACACCUGGAAUGACAACCAUGGAUACGUAUUCAAAUGGGUGGUUCUCGUGUCAGGACUUUUCUGUGCCUUCAUGUUCGUCUCCAUUGUUGCGUACGCACGGCACAAGGGCCUCGUCGGGUCGUGAACCUUGCCCAAACUGUAAAUUUGAGCUAGAGCAACCUUGCGUAUGAUUAAUCUCUUGUACCAAAAUUCAUCAGUAUAAAAUUGGGAUGAUGAAAAAGAACAAUAAAUAGGAAAAAAAAAGAGUAAAUUCCAAAGAGAUAUAUGAUGCUUGUCUUCUUUA